ACCAUAAUUGCCACAUCUCAUGACCUCCCUCGUUUCCUCCACCUGUCGAGUCCUUCUCCCUCCCCUCCUCAGGCUGUCAGAGUCCAGCGUUCACAGGUCCCUCUUCCUGCCGCGCGCAUCGCAGUUUCCACCACCCUCUUCUCCCUCCGCCGUCGCGCGCCCCACUUCCUUUGUCCUCUCCAAUUCUCUGCUCGCGCUGAUCUUGAUCUCGAUCUGCUCGUCCCGCUCCCGUUUCGAAAUCUCCGCUCUCUAAUUUAUCCGAAAUUUUGCUGCAUUCGUCGAGCGUUGGAGCAAUUCGUUCGAUGGGGGAUACGAUAGCGUUAGAGCAAUCGCUGAAAAAUGUAGAGGAAGAAGUAUCUCGAGUAUUGGAACAGGCGAAGGAGUUGGAGGACUCAGCUUCGUCUUUCCUCUCGAAGACAUAUCACGAAGAGCAGGCUCUUUGCCAGCGCGCCCUCUCCCUUGACUCUUCGAUCAACCGGCAUCGUUCUUUAAUCAAUUCUCUCCUUGGAAAUGAACUGUUGGAUUCCGCCGUAGCAGAUAAGCUAGAAGACAAAUUGCACAAGGCAAGAUGUAUAAUGGCCGAUGGAGUGGCGUCUUCAUUUCUUCCUGCCAAAGCUCAAGGUGGUUUUCUGAGGAUGUUUCUGGGUCCUAUCAAUGUGCGUGCCACUAGGAAAGAUGUCCAGUUGAAAGUUAAAGAAGAGUACAACAGUUUCAGAGACAGAACGGCCCUUCUAUUUCUUCUUUUUCCAUCAACACUAUUAAUCCUAAGAUCUUGGGUUUGGGGUGGAUCCUUGCCAGCAUUUCCAGUUCAACUGUACCAGGCAUGGUUGUUGUUCCUCUAUAUAGGUUUGGCAUUGCGGGAGAAUAUCUUGAAAGUGAAUGGAAGUGACAUUCGUCCAUGGUGGAUAUACCAUCACUAUUGUGCCUUGGUGAUGGCCCUCGCUAGUCUCACAUGGGAUUUCAGAGGGCAAGAGGAUUGCAUCCAGAAGCAGAGAGCAGUACAACUUUUCCUACAAUGGGCUAUGAUGCAAGGAGUUGCAAUGCUUCUACAAAAUAGAUAUCAACGGCAAAGAUUGUAUACUCGCAUUGCUCUGGGAAAGGCAAAGAGAAUGGAUGUGGUCUGGGGGGAAACAGCUGGUGUGGAUGGCCAAUUGUUGCUGUUGUGUCCCAUACUUUUCACUUUGCAGGGUUUUGAGGCAUAUCUUGGACUAAUGCUGCUUAGGACUGCAUUGGUUGGGGUUGGUUCCGAAUGGCAGGUAAUUUUUUGUGGGCUCCUUUUGUUCGUAAUGGCAGUUGGGAACUUUGUGAACACAAUGCAAACUCUUAUUGCAAAGUCCAGGUUCAAAGCAAAAGCCAAAAAAGGCAAAAGCAAGCAAUAACCAGACUAAGCGUCCUUGACCAAUGUCAUCAAUCUUUCCAAAGCUUUACAGCAUCAUAUUUUGGGUUUCUCUUUUUGGGGUCUGAGACUGAAAAAGGAGGGGGAGGGGGGGUUUGAGAUGAAAAGUUCUUUCUUUGUAAGAUUUGCAUUGUGACCAUCUGUUUAUUUUUACUGACACGCCAUAGGCUGUUUCCCAUGGGCCUGAUCACUGUGCCUGAAAGAUGCAUAAGGAGUGUAUUUAACUGGAAUGAAGAAAAAAAAAUUGCUCCA